AUGUCCUCUCUUGCAGUUACACCUGAGGCCAUUGGUUUUCUCUCGGCAGUGGGUGUCUUUGUUGUGCUGCUGGCCAUCCUUUUCCUUUUCAUUAAUAAAAAACUCUGCUUUGCCCGUGUGGGAGGGUUACCCUGUCUGGAACAGUACAGUCACUACAAACGCCACUCAGGGGUCCACCAGGGACUGGUGAACAGCUAUGGUAAUGACGGCGACCAGACCAGUUCGUCGGACAGUGAGGAUGAAAUCCUGAAGCAGUUUGAGAUUUCCGUUUCCCGCUCCCAAAGUUUUCGCUCUGGGGUCAACGAGGUCUGCACCCAGAGUGCUCCAGGAGGUCGUCACAAGUUCAAACGACUUCUGUCAGACCAGGAGGAGGGAAGCACAGAGCCUUCAGACUGUGAAGACAUGGAUAGAGAAAGUCGCCAAAGCUAUCAGAAUCCACUGCGCUAUGGGAGUUUUGAAGAGUCAGACCAGCUGGACCUGAUCCCCUCUUCUAGAGACCCCCUGUCAGUCAGUGAGGACCAGGGACUCUUGGACAGACAGGAAGGGGAACAGGGUGCCCCUGGGACAAGCACACCAGAGAGGACAGAGGAUACUCAGUCUGAGCACCUGGAGAUGGAGACAGUGGUGGAUAACGUGGGUCACAUCAACGAGGUGACAGACAGCUCCUCCAUCUGCAGCCCAGAGCCAGAGCAGGGCAGAGCAGAAGACUCCCCGUCUCGGGCUGCUUUCUCCAGCUGUGGCAGCCUCAUGGCUGUCAUUGACUACCAGGCCCAUUCCCACAAACUGCUACUCACCGUCAUGUCAGCCCGUGGCAUCCCCGACAAAGCCCGGAGUGGCAUGGAUGCCUGGCAGGUGCACGUGAUGCUGUUGCCGGGGAAACGGCAGCGGCAUAAAACGGCCGUGCAGAGGGGCUCGGCGCCGCACUUUGGUGACACGUUCCGCUUUUCUCGCCUGGACCCAGCCGACCUGGGUUCCUCUGCCUUACGGUUCCGUCUCUAUGCAAUCGGCAGGAUGAACAAGGAGAGGAUGAUGGGAGAGACCAUAUACAGACUUAACAGAUUAAACCCAGAGGCCAUCGAACCUACAGAAAUAACACUAACGUUAGAACCACGCAGCAACUUAAAGUGUGCUGACUCCCCGCUGUCCCUGUCAGGACACAGUGACAGUGCCUCAUCCAGCCAGUCUCUGACUCACGGCGGGGUCCCGGAGCUGCUGGUGGGAUUGUCCUAUAAUGCCACCACUGGACGCUUAUCUGUGGAACUCAUCAAAGGAAGUCACUUCCGCAAUCUCGCCUUCAACAGACCUCCAGACACAUAUGGAAAACUGACUCUGCUGAACUCCAUGGGCCAGGAGAUCUCGCGCUGUAAGACAUCAGUGCGCCGAGGCCAGCCCAAUCCUGUCUACAAAGAGACGUUUGUUUUCCAGGUGGCUCUCUUCCAGCUGUCAGAUGUCACGCUCAUGGUGUCCAUCUACAACCGCCAAAACAUGAAACGCAAGGAGAUGAUUGGCUGGAUCGCCCUGGGCCAAAACAGCAGCGGAGAGGAAGAGCUCCUGCACUGGCAGGACAUGAAGGAGAGUGGCAGCCAGCAGGUCUGCAGGUGGCACACACUAUUGGAGGCCUAG